AUGCAAACUUUGUGCUUGAGUUAUUCUAUAUUUAACUCAUUUAAUACAUAUCCCUCUGAUGCUAUCAUGGUACCCUCUGAUGCUAUCAUGGUACCCUCUGAUGCUAUCGUUGUACCCUCUGAUGCUAUCGUUGUACCCUCUGAUGCUAUCAUGGUACCCUCUGAUGCUAUCAUGGUACCCUCUGAUGCUAUCAUGGUACCCUCUGAUGCUAUCAUUGUACCCUCUGAUGCUAUCGUUGUACCCUCUGAUGCUAUCGUUGUACCCUCUGAUACUAUCGUUGAUGCUAUCAUGGUACCUGAUACUGUACCCUCUGAUGCUAUCGUUGUACCCUCUGAUGCUAUCGUUGUACCCUCUGAUGCUAUCGUUGUACCCUCUGAUGCUAUCGUUGUACCCUCUGAUGCUAUCGUUGUACCCUCUGAUGCUAUCGUUGUACCCUCUGAUACUAUCGUUGUACCCUCUGAUGCUAUCAUUGUACCCUCUGAUGCUAUCGUUGUACCCUCUGAUGCUAUUGUUGUACCCUCUGAUGCUAUCGUUGUACCCUCUGAUGCUAUUGUUGUACCCUCUGAUGCUAUCGUUGUACCCUCUGAUGCUAUUGUUGUACCCUCUGAUGCUAUCAUAAAAAAAAAAUACAUCAAUUACAUACAUCAACAAUCUAUAGAUAAAAAAAACAUACUCUACAUACAUCAAUCUAUAGAAGAAAAAAAAACUUACAUACAUCAAUCUAUAGAUAAAAAAAGAAACUUACAUAUAGAAGAAAAAAAGAAACUUACAUACAUCAAUCUAUAG